GAGAGUUUAAAGAUGAACAGGAACCAGAGCAGACACUUCGUGCGGCUCAUGCGGCUCAUGCGGCUCAGAUGACGGCUCCGCUCCAUGACGCGCCUCAACCCGCGCGCGCGCCACGGUCACGCACCAAACCGGACGGGUCAGAAUGAUCCGAGUCCCAGGAGACGUUCACAUCCUGCGUCACCCCACGCACGCGUGCGUCCCCGCGCGUCACACGGUGGUCCUGAGCGUGCACGCGGAGGGCGCGGGCACGUUACAGUAUCAAUGGUUCAAUUAUGUCCAAAAGGAGGAACAGAAGCAAGUGUGUGAGGUCCCGGGAGCCACGCGGCCCAGUCUGACCAUCACAGUGACCAGGAGCCAGAACUACUCGUGUCGAGUCAGUGACGUGUUUUUAAACUGUAAGUUCACGCAGUGGGCGCGUGUCACGGUCCUGGACGUGGAUCAAACAGCUCCUGUUCCUCUGGACUGGGGCGGGGAGCCGCACAUCGCGCUUCACCCCAGACCCCAGACCCUGAGGCCCGGGGCCAGACUCACUCUGCGCUGCGCCGCCUACGGGGUCCCCCAGCCCCGGCACCAGUGGUACCGCAACGGGGCCCCCCUGAACCAGACCAGAGAGGUCCUACAGGUGAAGCAGGUGGGGGUGCAGGACGCUGGCACAUACCUCUGCUCCGUCUCGAGUGUCCUGGGGGAGACGUGGAGCCUGCCCGCCGACGUGCACAUCAUUUUACCAAAGCCAAGUGUUGAAGAAACUCCAGCAGCACUGACAGCCACAGAUAAAGUCGCUCUGCUCAUCGGGAACUUGAACUACGCCCACCUCCGCCCGCUGACGGCGCCGGUGGUGGACGUGCACGAGCUGGGCCUCCUCCUGCAGCAGAUGGACUUCAGGGUCCUGUCUCUGCUGGACCUCACUGCCCAACAGAUGUCCUCAGCAGUGGACAACUUCAUACAACUGUUAGACACAGGCGUGUACGGUCUUUUUUACUACGCCGGACACGGAUUUGAACGAGCCGGGAGAAAUUACCUGGUUCCCAUCGACGCUCCGCAGCCGUACAACACCUCCACCUGUGUCUGUGUGCAAAGGAUCAUGGGAAAAAUGCAGGAAAAGAACACGGCGUUGAGCGUGAUUCUACUGGACGCCUGCAGAACCUGGAGAAAAGAGGAGAGUUUACCGUCGGUGAUUCAGCCCCUGAGAGCCACGGGGAACACGGUCUACGGCUACGCCACAUGUGAAGACGCUGAAGCGUUUGAGAUUCAGGACCAGGGAAAAAGCACCGGCAUCUUCACCAAAUACCUCAACAAACACAUCCUCCUCCCAGAGAAGGUCACACACGUCCUGGAGCGGGUGUCUGAGGACGUGGACAAAGACGCUCUGGUGAAGGGUAAACAGGCGGUGGAGGUGCGUCACACGCUGAAGGAGGCGCGCUCACUGUCAGACCCGCUGCUCUCCUCUGGCCACACGAGGGAACUGCACCUGCGCGACGUCUGCUGGAGACGAGCCAACGAUUUGCCUCAGAAGAAGAGUCUGAAGUUUCCUUGUGGAGCAGAGGUGGAGGUCGGAUUCUCCGCCUUGUUCUCCAACGUCCUCAUGGCGUUUGCCAGUGUCAGACGCUCAGAGCCUCAUCUGGAGGACGUCAGUGUCGCCCUGAGCAGCACGCCAGUGAUGGAGGAUAUAUUUUCUGGAGAGUGCAGGUCGGAGGAGUGGGACUCGCUCGUCUUCAGCUCGUCUCCUGGUCCAGGCUGCAGUGUCCGGCUGUGUGGGCUGCAGACGCUCCAGGAGUGCCUGGUCCUCAAAGUGGAUCUACACUUCACUGUCCUGGAGAGAAACAGUGUGAGACGCUGCAGCCAGAGCCUCCAGCUCAACCUGGGCAGACCUCUGGUGUCCUCCUGUGGACUCGGGCGCAAGGCGGAGUCUCCAAAGCCUCUGUCUCCAAAGCCUCUGUCUCCAAAGCCUCUGUCUCCAAAGCCUCUGUCUCCAAAGCCUCUGUCUCCGGCGUCUUCGUCUCCGGCGUCUUCGUCUCCGGCGUCUCCGUCUCCGGCGUCUCCAGGCCACUACAACAUCUCACACCACAAGAACCAACGCACCCGAACGUUUGAGCCGUGCAGCAGGAAACCCGAGGGUCUGACACGAGUGAGAAGGAACAAACCAGAGGAACACGAUGAAGACGACAUUUAUAACUUCAUCCACUUGAAAUAACUGAUCCUGGGGCUGUUGAUUUAAAGGUCCAUGUUCCUCUGAUCUAAUGUUUCCUCAUCACAGACAAACGUGUGAAUGAAACAAAACACAACUCCAGGUCUGUUUUUGAGGAGGAAACAUUAGAACAUGGAUUAAACCUCAUAAGAGUCGUUUUGUGUGAUAUUGGACCUUUUUAUUGAUGAAUGGAUCAGUUUGACUUGUUUUUGCUCAGUAUAUUUUGAUUCUGUGGUUGUAGCAGGACUAUAUCAAAACUGUCCACACCAAAACAAAACAGUUAUAAGCUGCUCCGAUGUAAAUACUUGUAUAAACACUAGAACGCUCCAGUUUUUUAGAAGUCUGUGCCGUAAACUCACAUCAUUUUACCUUUGUCUCGUUUUGCAUUGAUUUGUUUCCACACGUUCAGGAGGCAUCCUGAGCAGAUGCCCGAGCCUCAGCUGCUCCUCUCGACGUGUACGAGCAGCGGCUCUACUCCGAGCUCCUCACCCUAUCCCUAAGGGUGCGCCCGGCCACUCUGCGGAGGAAACCCAUUUCAGCCGCUUGUAUCCGCGACCUUGUCCUUUCGGUCAUGACCCAGAGCUCAUGACCAUAGGUGAGGGUAGGAACGUAGAUUGAGGUAAAUCGAGAGCUUCGCCUUUGGGCUCAGCUCCUUCUUCACCACAAUGGACCGAUACAGCGACCGCAUCACUGCAGACGCUGAACAAGACCCCGAGAUACUUGAACUCCUCCACUUGGGGCAGAGACUCACCACCCGGAGAGAGCAAACCACCUUUUUCCGGUCGAGAACCAUGGCCUCGGAUUUGGAGGAGCUGAUUCUCAUCCCAGACACUUCACACUCGGCUCAAACCGCCCCAGUGCUGCAGGUCCUGGCUCGAAGAAGCAUCAGGACAACAUCAUCCGCAAACAGCAGAGAUGAAAUCCUGUGUUUCCCAAACCAGGCCCCCUCCGGCCCCUGAACCGGACCCCCUCCGGGGCUGCGCCUAGAAAUUCUGUCCAUAAAUAUAAUGAACAGAACCGGUGACAAAGGGUGGAGGAGGACCAAAUUAUAUUAAAAUAAAAUUAAAAUUAAAUUAAAAAGUAAAUCUUGUUGAAUUUACCUUUUCAUGUUGUUGAUCUUUUGGCACAUGAUAAAACUGAAUGUGAGUUUUUCUGCUGUUUAUUUAACUGAAAUUUAAUAAAUUAAUGAUUCAUUUAAUGAAUGCAUUUG